GGCGUGUAAGUAGUAUUGGCUUGGAUGCAGAGGCGCAAGGAAGAUCCUGACUCGAUGAAUGCAUGGUUUGGUGUUCGCCGUUGUUUCGACGCUCCUCCUUGGGUUCCAUCCUGGUCUCAGGGUUUGAGUGGUUGUGCUCCGGGUCGGCCGCAUCAUGAAUAGGAUUGGCGUAAAGCUCGUCGAAAGAAAGGGGCUUCCAGGGACCGAGUUUUGGUGGCUCCUCCACCUCAAGCAUGCUGCGAUGAUGCCGGACAGUUGCAGGCAGCGAGGCUACAGGAGAGGUACUCCUAUUAAUUUGCCCCAGUGGAAUGCUGCUGUGCCUUCUGGUGUCCGAGUUCUGUGUAGAAUAGUCCGUGGGAGAUGUGAGGAUCGCCCUGGCAACAGCAGUUCUGUCCACGGCGAGGCUGCGGGAGCGAGCCCUGACGUGAUCCAGCAGGUCGAAGGCCAUUGCAGAAUUAAGGGGGUGAGGAGUAGUUUCUCGACGAUAAUGUUUCCGCGACCAAAAAGAGGAGACCCAAGAAAGAGUAGAUGGCGAACGAAUGUGGUUGUGUUAUCGAGACGCGUGGUGUUGGCGGUGGAAGACGAUGGAGUUGGUGCCCGGGGUGAUUGAGCUCCCAAACUGGGACAGUUGUCCUCGUGGUCAGGAGGCAGCGCCUUCCUUUCCCUCUGCGAUCCAUGUGGCCAAAACAAGAUACGAGAAGGAAUUAUCUUACCCAUAUCGAUAAUCAAGAGCGAUCGGUCGGUGUGUAGAGAUCUUGGUAGGAAAGCGCGGGUUCUAAGGGGUCGGGCGUUAGCUACGUCAGGGGAAAGGCCAGCUGUG